AUGCCUCGAAAACACGAAUAUCAUACUUCUUUUAAAGUUAAUAAGCAACGUCAACGUCGAUAUGAUAGACCAAGAGCUAUCAACGAAAUCUCAGAUUAUAGUUCCAAUGAGUGUAGUGAUGAUAAUGAACAACAACACCAACAGAUAAAUAAUGAUGACUAUACAGAACAAUAUUUACUUGUAAAUAAAUUGGAUACAUCUAAUUUAAAUUAUAUUGAUGAUGAAUAUGAUAAUUUAACAGAAACACAUGAUCCGGAUGUACAUCUAGAUCAUUCGAAACCAUUAUAUCAACAAAGUACAAUAACAGUUAAGGCUGCUGUCAAAUUAUUAAGUGAUUUUUAUACAAAUGCCAAUCUUGAUAAACAAAAUGUUAUUCAAUUAUUAAAAACCAUUAAGUCAAUAUUACCACAACCUAAUAUAAUGCCAACAACAUGGAAAGGUGUAUUGAAAGUAUUAGGUAAAACAUGUCUAUCCAGAACAACAUUCUUAUGUUCAACCUGUCAUCAACAAUGUAUUAAAACAAAAUACGGUAUUAAAAAAUGUAAGAAUAAUAACUGUUUUUUAUAUACUAAAACGUUAAAAAGUAACGAAAUCGUUGAAAUUGUAAAUUUUGAUAUUCGUUCACAAAUUCAAUCAAUUAUGCGUCGUAAUAUUAGUGUAUUAAGUCAUCAGGAGUUAUUUCCAGAAAGUGACAUAUGUUAUGGUUCACGUUAUCAACAAAUAAGUCUACAGCGAAGAAAUCCCAUCACAAUAAUUCUUCAUUCUGAUGGAGCACCAUUAAUUAAAACAUCAAAACAAUCAUUAUGGCCAUGUUUUGGCUCAAUUGUGGAAUUGCCACCACCAAUUCGGGAAUAUCAAAUGAAUACCAUUAUCGUGGCAUUAUGGUCUUCACGAAAGAAGCCAGAUGUUAACAUAUUUUUAGAAGAAAGUGUGAAAGAAUUAAAAUAUUUGAUGAAAAAUGGAACAAGUUUAUUUAUUAAUGAACAUGAAUUCAAUAUCAUUUUAUUAACGCAAUAUUUUAUAUCAGAUUUACCAGCAAAAGCAUUAUUUUGUAAUACAAUUAACUUUAAUGGCUACUAUGCAUGUAGUUGUUGUCGUACAAAAGGUGAAUGGAAUGAAACAUAUAAAGUGGUUUUAUAUCCAUACAAUGGUAAUGAUUACACUGAACGUACACAUAAUGGAUAUUUAAAAGCUGCUCAAGAAGCUCUUAAAAAAUCCAGUGGUGGGCGAAAAGUUACAGUUGAUGGUAUUAAAGGUUUAUCAGCUUUAUUAGAAAUAUUUUCUUAUCCAUCACAAAUUGUAUUUGACUACAUGCACCUGGUAUGUCUUGGUCAUGUACCUACAUUAAUCAAACGAUGGUGUAAAAUUAUUAAUAAGCAAAAUGUACAAGAUAUUGAUGAGCAAUUGAAACAAAUACGUUUACCACAUAAUAUGAAAGUUAAUUAUCUUGAUUCAAUUACUGCUGUAGAUCAAUGGAAAGCAAAAAAUUCAAGAUUAUUCGUACUUUAUGUUGGUGUUCCUAUUUGUGUUAGUCAUUUACCACCAUUGUAUGCUUCUCAUUUUGUUAUUUAUUCAAUGGUCAUUAAAUUAUUACAUGCACCAGCAACGGAUGAUGAAAUAGAUUUUGCCAAUCACUUGAUCCAUUAUUAUUGUAAAGCAGCACCAUUAGUAUAUGAUCCAUCUAUCGAAUUAUUUUCAUUACAUGCCCAUCUGCAUCUUCCAACACAAACAACAGUACAUCAUGGUUUAGCUUUUACAUCUGCUUUUUCAUUUGAAUCUUGUAUACGUCAUAUAAAAAAGAAGGUGCAUGGAACAAAACAUCUAGCUAGUCAAAUUGCAUAUUGGACCGAUAUUGAAUAUAUCAAUAAAACAACAGAAUUUGAAAUUCCAUCAUCCACUGCUGUUAAUGAAAUACAACUAAAUCAUGCUUCCAUUGAUCCGUAUCGUCCAAUAUUAAUGAAUCUUAUUACAAUUGAAAAUCAAAAACAUAAUGAUAUUAUAUUUUAUAAACGUUAUAAAGAUAAGUUUAUUACUUAUCAUACGUUAUUAUAUGAUGAACCAUUUAAUUGUGUUAGUUAUAUUAUUUCAUUUAAAUCUGAUUUAGGUGUAGAAUAUGGAAAUAUUAUAUUAUUUUAUAAAUAUCAUGAUGAUUAUUUCAUUUUUGUACAAAAAUAUCAAGCAACGAAUAAAAAAAUGUCACAAUUUGUUACAAUUCCAUCAGAAAUGCAUCAAAAACUAGAUGAAUUAUAUGCAUUAUUAAUGUUAACAUCAAAUUUUACAAUUAUACCUAUCAAUAGUAUUCGUCACAAAUGUAUUGCUGUUCCUUUUCAAGAUAUUUUUUGUCUGUCAGAAAUAAGGGUGGACUUUGAACACGAUUAA